GCAUGAUAUGCUCAAGUCACUGGUACACAAAGCAACGACAUCUGUGUCGAUCUGCAUCCAGUUGAUCUGCCUAAACUGACGGGUCUAAUGGGGUGGGUCUGAUCUCCUUGUCUUAGUCGUAGCCGAAUGUUGGCAUUUUCAUAGAGGUUAGUUGGUACGAGGAAGAAAGUGGCAUCCCCGCUCUUCCUUUUGAGGGCGUGCACCUGGUUCGUCGGUCAGCUCAUCGUUCAUCGUGCUACAAGUAACGUCCACUGCCUUGCGGCAUUGAUAAGAAGUUGCUUGAUUGCGUCGUGUAGAUCAUAUCAAUCAUGAAGUCACUGUGGAGAUUGCUCCUGUCGGUCAAGACGAACCCAGUGCCCAUCCAGGACAGGGUCACACAGCAAGAUGGCUCCUUAAGAGACACUGAUCACAGCCCCAAGACUUGCCAAAACAAUUCAGGAGGUGCACAGGAACCCGAUGUUGUAGCAGCAGCUUCCCAGGAAGCCUCAUGCUGCAAUGGAGCCGGUGCAGAGGAAAAGCAUAGCACCGCUAACAGCUCUCCAUGGGGAGAUGGCUGCAGCUCAAAUGCAUGUCAAUGCACAGCCAAAACAGCAGCUUCAGAGCCUCUUGUCACAGCAGGCAUCAGCCCAAGCAGAGGCAAGGUCCUCUUUGGAUCACAGAAGGGGACCUCGUCGACCUUGGCUGGCCAGCUCGCAGAGCAGGCUGCAGCACAGGGCGUCCAGCUGGCAGUGAUGGACCUAGGGGUCUUUGAGGUCGAGCAGCUGUGGAAGGAGCAGCUGGUGAUCAUUGUCACCUCCACCUACGAGGAUGGCACACCGCCCAACAAUGCCAGGUGGUUCUGUCAGUGGCUGGGAGCGAGCUCGACAGACUGCCGGGUGGGAGCAGAUGCGCUGAAGGAUACCAGCUUUGCGGUGUUCGGCUGCGGCAACUCUCUGUAUGAGGCCAAUUUCAACAAGGUUGCCAUGACUGUUGAUGAGCAGCUCGGGGGCCUGGGCGGGCAGCGGCUGCUGCCAUGUGGGCGGGGUGACGAGGACACCGGCAAGAUGGAGCAGCAGUUUGCGGCCUGGAGUGACGCCCUGCUGCAGGCUCUCAGGGAGGGUCCCCCCUCUGAUGAGGCGGCUGUGGAACAGACCGAGGGUGAUGCUCGCUCUGACGGGUACUGCACCACAGACUCAGAUGACGAUGAAGCAGAACAGGAGGAGGAGGUGGCAGAUCUGGAGGACCUGGCAGGGCCGGUGAGCAGGAACGGCGUCGGAGACAGGGCAGCCAGCACGAGCGGGCGGGCGGCCGCAGAUAUCGGCGCGGACGCGGCCGCCGGCCCCAAGGAGAUGCUGACGCCGCCGCUGCGCGCUGCGCUGGGCAAGCAGGGCUACAAGCUUGUGGGGUCGCACAGCGGGGUGAAGCUGUGCCGGUGGACGAAGAGCAUGCUGCGCGGGCGCGGCGGCUGCUACAAGCACGCCUUCUACGGCAUCGAGAGCCACCGCUGCAUGGAGGCAACGCCCUCGCUCGCCUGCGCCAACAAAUGCGUCUUCUGCUGGCGCCACCACACCAAUCCCGUUGGCCGUGAGUGGCGGUGGAAAAUGGAUGGACCAGAGGAGAUCGUGGAGGGGGCGCUGAGUCACCAUGUGCGAAUGAUCAACGAGUUCAGGGGCGUUCCUGGUGUCAAGGCAGACCGCCUGGCAGAGGGCAUGCAGGUGCGGCACUGCGCGUUGUCGCUGGUGGGCGAACCGAUAAUGUACCCGGAGAUCAACCGCCUCAUUGCGCUGCUGCACGCCCGCCGCAUAUCCUCAUUCCUUGUCACCAACGCCCAGUUCCCUGACCGCAUCAGGCAAGCCCUUCUCUGCCUUUCACUGGCGCCUGUGACGCAGCUGUACGUGUCGGUGGACGCGGCGACGCGCGACGAGCUGAAAGCGAUAGACAGGCCGCUCUUCAAGGACUUCUGGCAACGCUUUCUGGACUGCCUCACCACCCUGCGCGACAAGCGCCAGCGCACCGUCUACCGGUUGACCCUGGUGAAGGGGUGGAACAUGGAGGCGGCCCAGGAGUACGCGCAGCUGGUGGCCCUGGGCCAGCCGGACUUCAUAGAGAUCAAGGGCGUCACCUACUGCGGCUCAUCCAGCGCAUCCUCCCUCACCAUGCACAACGUGCCCUACCACCAGGACAUCUGCGCCUUCGGUCAGGUCUUGUGCGACGCAUGCAACGGCGAGUAUGGGCUGUCCUGCGAGCACGCGCACUCGUGCUGCAUCCUGCUAGCGCGCAAGUCGCGCUUCCUCAUCGAGGGCCGCUGGCACACCUGGAUCGACUACAACAAGUUCCAGGAGCUGGCUGCUGGGACGUCGCCAUUCUCAUCACAGGAUUACAUGCUGCCCACACCGGACUGGGCAGUGUAUGGGGCGCCGGAGGCAGGCUUUGAUCCACUGGAGGCCCGAGUGAAAAAGGCCAGGAACCACCCCGCCAAGGCUGAAAUCGGAGGGUGCACAUAG